AUGGCCAACAUGUCCCCUCUCAGAGGUUACAUCACAUCAUACCCGCCUCGUGUGCGCCAAUAUGGCAAUGCGCUUCUCACCCCGAUCAUCCCACCUAGCCAAGUAGGCCCGACUUCACGGACGACCAAGCGAGGAACCGCCGCCAUCAAUUAUGCGGAAGAUGGUUACGAUGAUGAAGACUUCGAGGACAGCGAGGGACCUCGGCGGCCAACUGGGCUAAGGAGCCUUCGACGGGAGGAGUCAACGUUCGACAAGGUGCCGCUGGCGGAGAAGCUGGGGAAAGAGAUCCACGCCCCUGUUGAGGUCCAAGGGGUUUUUCGCGAUUGGAUGAUCAAGAGGAUGUUGCGACCAGCUUGCGCCGAUCAGCUGCAAAUUCAAGCGCAGCUCCCUCUUACCCUUAUACCUAUCCGUAUUGAUCUGGAGGUCCCAGCGCAUCAACCUUUAGAACCAUUCCCUUUGCCGCGAACAGUCCUCGAUCCCAGUAUCAACCCUACCUUGCCCGCCUACAGACGGCCAGAGGCGCUGCCUGCCUAUCGCAUCAAAGACACGUUCCUUUGGAAUCUUCACGAGGCUCUUGCGACUCCCGAAGAAUUCGCCGUAGGGUUCGUUCGCGAUAUGGAUUUACCGAAUCCACAGGCCAUGACGAUGGCUAUUAGCAACCAGAUCCGUCAACAAUUGGAAGAAUAUGCCGGCGUUGCCCUGCACCCUUUAUUCCAGAGCGUACAGCCAAAGCCCCCAGCUCCGCAGAUUGGCCUGUCACGAGAUGUAUCUGCUACACCAGUUUCCACCCACGCCGCGACACCUGACAGCAGACCUAACCAGGUAACGGUGACCAAAGAGCCUCUCGUGAACGACAGCAUACUAAACCCGGACGACGCGUAUCGGUGCAUGAUCAACUUGAAUAUCAACUUGCAAAAUAAGCUUUACACGGACAAAUUUGAAUGGUCUCUAUUGCACCCUCCAGGCAUGGCAGAGGAGUUUGCCAGGAUUACGUGCGCGGACCUUGGUCUGGGUGGGGAAUGGGUCGGAGCCAUUGCGCAUGGCAUCUACGAGGCCGCUCUGAGACUCAAAAAAGAAGUAUGCGAAAGUGGUGGACUUAUCAGCGGCAUGGGUGGUUAUGGUAACGAGAUCGACAAUCAAGCUGCCAACGGCGCGGAGGCGGGCUGGCGUUACGAUCCCGAGGGAUUGGGCGACGAAUGGGAACCCAAAGUGGAGACACUGUCAAAGGAGGAAAUCGAGAAGCGCGAGGGUGAUCGCGAACGUCAGAUUCGUCGUCUACGUCGAGAGACGGCCAGAUUCUCCUCCACUGCGGGCAUAACGCCCGACGCCUCCCGACAGGGCAGUGGGUACUUUGACGUCGACAGUGAAACGCCGCUAGGAAGAGGCGAACGGAGCAAACGAAAGAGACGAUUCCGCAGUCUGAGUCCCUCAGGGAGAGGAGGAACCCCUGGAGGACGAGGGACUCCGGACACUGGUUCAGGAGCUGGCUAUGGUGGAGGUGGCGGUACACUUGCCGACUGGUUUGUCAUACCUUUAAUAUCUCUUCAUAGUGCGCAUACUGACCACCUUCUUUGUUCGAUAGGGAGCGUCAAACUUGGAGAUGCACCAACUGUAUGGUCUGGGGUACGGCCGUUUGGGCCGUACGAGAUGGUCCGGCAGGCCCAAGAACUCUCUGCCACAACUGUGGUCUAUUGUACGAACGAGACAAGGUGGCCCCCGAGUGGUCCAGAGAUCUACACCGUCACGAUAUGCCCAUCGGCCGGUAGUAGACUUGGUGGAUUGCAUAAGCGUAGAUGUUUCUCUUUGACCCCCGGCUCUACGCUCUGUACCUAUACGGCAGAGGUGAGGUCGAUCCCUCUCCCUGCUACGAUACCUCAAGCAGGGGUCAGAGCCAGAGUCUGA